AAGACAAGAAUCCAAUCCUAUUCUUCUGUAAAAUUAAUAUGAACGUAAACAAGAACAAUCAAACAUGCCAAUUCCUCAGUUACAAAAAUCUAACAAAUCCCACAUUCUGGGUUUGCCUUAGUUCACUCGUUGUUUCUUAUUUUCUUUGUUGAUUUUCUAGUUAUAAUCCAACAAAUCCAUCAAUUUUCUCUAAUCCCAAAUCUCUCUCUCUUUCUACCUACUCUCUCUCUCUUUCCAUCUACUUUCUCUCUCUUUCCCAAACCUGUCAUCGAUGCCACUUGAGAAAGCAUGAAAGCCUGAGAAAGAAAACCUGUCAUUGGAUCAAAAUCAGAUCAUCUAUUUUACUUUAACCCCAUUGAUGAAACCUGUCAUCGGACCGAAGCGGAAGCAAAAAAGUCACCGUUGAUGAUCCAUGUCCAAGAUGAAGCAUCUGCUGAGGAAGCUCCACAACGGCGGUGGACUAAACGAGCACCAGAGAUUGGGGGAGGCUAGGACGACUUCGUCUACACCUUCUGGUUCUAGUCCGAGCUCGGGGUUGACGGGGACGACUUCGUCUACACCUUCUGGUUCUAGUUCAGGUUCAAUGGGGAGAAUCAGGAGCAACCAGGUUUAAUUUGGGUUUGAGAAAACCUAGAUCUGAUUCUAGUUCGGACUUAGUUGCUCGUUGUUGAACCGAUUCAGCAAGCCUAAGAAAACCCAGAUCUGGAGAGGAAGAAGGGAGAAGAGAGAGAGAAAGAAAAAGAAGAAGGAAAAAUGAUGAGUUGAUUUUGAUUUUAAUUUUGUACAAGUUGUAGGUUUAGGGUUUUAAAUCUGAAAAGGAAAUGAAAAGGAAAUGAAAAG